UUUAGAAGGGCUGAGGGUGCUGCGGUAGAGUAAGCAGAGCUACCCAGGUUCUUGACAGGAACCUGAGAAGAAACGGCUCCUUCAAAACUUUGAAUUGUCACCAUGAGCAACCUUGGAAAGCCAAUAGCUCCAGCUUCCCCCAUUCUGGCCGAGCAGCCCAAAAGAAAAAGGGGGCGGCCAAGGAAGCAUCCACAGGAUCCAACUGGACCUCUGCCCCCAAAGAAACCACGUGGACGGCCAAAGGGAAGCAAGAAGAGGAGUGCUGGUUGUGGACCAAUGGGGCACAUCUCUACUGCAAAAAAGCCCAGGGGAAGGCCACGAAAGUGGCUUUUUGUCCCUGAGGAAGAAUAUCACAAAACUGAAGUCCAAGGGGAAAGCAACUCAGGUUUUAAUACAUGCCCCACCACAGAAGGGACAUCUACAAAAGGCUGUCACAUGAAGAAGGGAGCCACAGAAUUCAGGAGAACAUUGAGUGAACAACAGUCUCCUUGUUGAUGUGUCACAAGAGCAAAAUGAAUUAAAUUCCUGUUCUGCCGUGUGCAAAGUAAAACCAAGUAAAGCUCCCCCACCCCCAAUUUUUUUUUUUACCUUUACCAAUAACUGCCUCUUGCAAAGCUCAGUCAUUCACAUUUGUAACAGUGGUCUUCACCCACAAAGGGGGGUUAGAUCUAAUUGUUAUUUGCAGGAAAAUCGACCAACGUUACGUGUUUUGAAAACCUUUGUUGAUUUGAGUCUUGUACCAUUGGAAACAUUAAUUAUUCUAGGAUGCCAAGAUCUUGAUUUUAAGAAAUGGGAAAGAACUAAUUCUUAACUAAACAUGCUUACUCAGAAAUCCCACUAUGGGCAAUACUUUUUAAAAAUAAGAAUGCUGAGUUUUGCAGCCUUGAGUUACAUUUAUGCCAAGUUCACUUGACAAACAGGACAGGUGCAGCACAACACUCAAUUUGGUUACUAGAUUAAUGCAUGUUUUCAGUAUAUUUAAUUUAUGAUUGAGCAAGUCAUAUAAAGAUACUGGAUUUGAACAAUAUGCCAAAUGUAUUUGAUUAAUAAAUAAAUAUAUAAACCAUUCCCACUCAAUCUCCCCACUAAAGUUAAUAUUAGAUAACCUUAUGUUGUUACAGACAUAACAAUUGUGUCUCUAAUUGCCCUAAUGAAGCAUGUUACGUUGCAACCAGGGUAUCAUAAACUAUAAAAUAUUUUGGCCUAGCAUGUUGUACAUAUUCAUUGUGUAGACUUAGUUUAUAGUCCACCAUGUUGCAUAAACUGGAACAAUGGGUUUGUUGACUAAUUUUAUUUGUUUUGUAUAUAUAUUCCAAGGGAACUUUCAAACAAUGGAGUAGUAGUACUUGGGGGACAAAAGGAAUUGUCUGCCAAUCACAUUAUGUUAUCACUAUUUGGGGCAGUUGGGCUCAACAGUCUAUUCCAGUGGUGUUGCAUCUGUCAUUGGUUUUUUUUAAAAAGCUUUUAUGACCUUCAGUUCAUGCCAAUAGAUUGUUGCCUUUUGUAAGAAGGAACAGUCUAUACAUAGUUUGGUAGAGUUCUUGGCUUUCUUGAUCUUCCAAUUCCUGCAAAUCCAUUGCAACAGUCUAUUGCUAUGAUUAUGAAAUGAGCCCAAAUGCAUAACUGCCAGCAGAAAAACACUGAGGAGUUAAGAAAGUAAUGAAAAGUUGCCACCAGGGUGAUCACAGAAGCAUGGGAAAAGAUAAAUAACAUGGAAUCUUCUCUGCAAAGAGAAGGAAAGCAAAGACCUGGAACAGGGCAGGGGACACCCUGUUCAUAUAGCAAGCAAUGAUUGGCCAAUCAUUCUCUGCAUUAGACAAAUAGGGCAAGCACUAGUGGGGCAAGCACUGGCCCAAGUAGGUCUAGUGUUCUUUCAUAAAGUCUAAACAAGCUGGGGAAUUCAUGCUAGCUGGGGGAAUUUGGGGAGUUGAAACCCACACAUCCUAAAGUUGCCAAGUUUGAAAAAAGACCUGCUCUAAACUAAUAAAAACAGCAUUUUUAUUGUGUCCUGGUGAGUAAAUGGAUUGUUAACAGACAAAAAAAAGCUCUGAUUAUCUUAGAUACUUUUUUAAAUUAGAUUCAGAA